UUUCAAACAGGCUGUGAAUCUGCUGCCUGAGCAACGGUAACUAAGGGGCGGGGCGAGACGCCGUGACAUCGCGAGAACACUCCGCGGGAUCCCGCAGCGCUCCUGUAUCUCAGCCUGAAGAGCUCCGAGACCAGAAUCCAGACUCAGUCCAGGACAACACGGUCCACCAGUCACAACGGAGACCUGCAGGACGAUGGAGAACCAGAACCCGGACCACAGGAGCCAAACAGCAGCCUCGUGCUCUGAUAGCACCGAUGUUCAGAAACGGGGAGGAAGAGAGGGACUCAAACGUCACCACUGUCAGCACUGUGACAAAUACUUCACAAGAUCUGGAUAUUUAAAGACUCAUCAGAGACUUCACACUGGAGAGAAACUGUACUGGUGUGAACAAUGUGGUAAACCUUUCACUCAGUCAAGUAACCUAAGAAUCCACCAACGUGUUCACACUGGAGAGAAACCGCACUGGUGUGAACAAUGUGGAAAAACUUUCACUACAUCAGGUCACCUAAAAAACCACCAACUUGUUCACACUGGAGCGAAACCGCACUGGUGUGAACAGUGUGGGAAAACCUUUACUCGAUCAAGUGGCCUAAAAGAUCACCAACGUGUUCACACUGGAGAGAAACCGUACAGCUGUGACCAGUGCGGGAAAACUUUCGCUCAAUCAGGUUACCUAAAAACCCACCUGCGUGUUCACACUGGACAGAAACCGCACUGGUGUGAACAGUGUGGGAAAACUUUUGCUCGAUCAGGUAUCCUAAAAAAGCACCAACGUGUUCACACUGGAGAGAAACCAUACAGCUGUGACCAGUGUGGGAAAGCUUUCACUUGCAGUCGUUCCCUAAAAAGACAUAAAAGCAUUCACACAGCAUCGUUUUAAGCUAGCUCUUUCCUCCUUCCUCUCCUCCUCAGUACAACCACCUGUGUAAUGUGAUUGUGCUGGACUAACAUCAUGUAAUGACAACCAAGAAGUUGGAUUUGCUGAAAGAGUAACUACACACUAGGGCCUGACCGAUAUGGGUUUUUGGGGGCCGAUGCUGAUAUUAAAAUUAAAAAAAAUAUAUUUAGAUUUUUACAAUUACAUGUUUCAACGUAACAUUAAACAGACUGCUGUGACACAGGAGGAAGUGAAAAACGGGAGCAAGUCAUAAACGUUUUCAGGACAGGAGAGGUGAUUUUAUUAUUAUUUAAGUCAAAUGAUUAACGUGAAAAAAAACUGGUAAGACGGUAACACGGCUACGUUCCCUUCUUGUUACUGUGUGCUCCAGAAGACUCUGGUCAGCUGAUUGUUUUCUAUUGUGGUGUACCAGUGUUUUGAACAACGAAGCUGCAGAGUGCCCUCUGUUGGGCAAAAUAUGCAACAACCAUGAUGCGAGUGAAGGAUCUGACUGUUUUUUAAUAGUCCAAAAAUCACCAAUGCCAAUUUAAAUGCCAUUAGCUCAUAUCGGCGUGCUCUAAUACACACCCUGCUUCUGCGAGCUCCUUGUAGAACCCAGUAAUGUAGUCACUUCCUGAUGUCAUAACUCCCAAUAAUAUAAUAAAAACUAACAAUGAUGAUAUUUUAGAGUUUGACAAAAUGUA